AAUAAUGACAGCGGCUUUUCGAACCUCUCUGUUUGCUGUUAAGGUUGGUCGAAAAUGGGUCAGCUGCACAAGUUAGAUAAUAGGAUACAGAUAAUGCUUAAAAAUGGCAUUCUUCGGAAACAUAGGUCGAUGUUUGUCAUGGUUGGGAAUAAAGGACAGGAUCAGGUCCCCAUAAUGCACCAAAUUUUAAAUUCUCUCUCAAGUAAAGGACGGCUCAGCAUUUUGUGGUGCUACAAAAAGGAGUUGAGUUUUAGCACGUAAGCUUUACUUUUCAUUGUCAUGUUCUUAGGCACCGCAAGAAGAACCUCAAACUUUUGAACAAAAGGCGGAAAGCAGGGUUGACAUCUGAUGCUACAAUUUUUGAGCAAUUUGUAUGCUCGACAGAUAUACGUUGGUGCUAUUACGACGAGUCACAUAAAAUUCUUGGACAAACAUUCGAUAUGUGUGUGCUUCAAGAUUUCGAAGCUCUGACACCAAACUUACUUGCUCGGACUAUUGAAACUGUUUCUGGUGGAGGUCUCAUAGUUUUUUUGUUAAAAUCUAUGACUUCUUUACAACAGCUUUGCACUAUGGCUAUGGAUAUCCAUUCUCGAUAUCGCACUGAAUCCCAGCACAAUGUUGUCGGUCGAUUUAACGAAAGGUUUUUGCUAUCAUUGGCUAGUAACCCUCGAUGUCUUGUAUUAGACGAUCGAUGGAAUAUCCUACCAUUGUCCCGGAAAGUUCUCAAUUCACUAACGUCAUUGAAGGCUGAUAUUAGUGAUGAGUCUAUUCUUCUAGAACAGAAGGAACUCCAAAAGCUUAAAGUCUCCUUAGCUGAAGAUGGCUCACCAUUUGCUCCUUUAAUAAAGUUGUGUAUCACAUUUGACCAGGCUAAAAGUCUUGUCCAAUUCUGUGCUUCUUUGGCUUCAGCUUCGCAGUUACAAAAUAAGGGCUGCAAUAAAAAUACUCAGGAUACCACCUCCCUGGCUACGGCAAACUCUCUUCUUUCUUCGAUUGGAGCUGGAGCUAAGGAAACUAGUAGCUCAUCAGCUUUUGUUGUUGUAACCUCCGGUAGAGGCCGGGGUAAAUCUGCAGCAUUGGGACUUGGAUUAGCUGCUGCUUUUGAAACUGGUUUGCCUAACUUGUAUGUUACUGCACCCAGUCCGGAAAACCUAAAUACACUUAUGCAGUUUGUUGUAAACGGUUUAAAUGCUUUUCAGUAUGAAGAGCACCAGGAUUAUAUUGUUAGUCGCUCAAUGAAUCCUGAACACAAUCAAGCUACAGUUAGAAUCGACGUUUACAGGCGAAGCCACAGACAAUCUCUUAUCUAUUUACCACCAUGGGAAAUGGCUGCCCUGUCGAGUGUCAAACAAGCAGAUCUAGUAUGUAUAGACGAAGCUGCUGCCAUUCCACUACCUCUCGUACAAUCCAUUAUCAGUGGUCCAAGAAUUGUAUUUAUGGCGUCUACUAUUAAUGGUUACGAAGGCACUGGUCGAUCUUUAUCCUUUAAACUACUGCGUCAACUGCGAUCACAAUGCACCAUAUCAGGAACUACAACAAAGUUGUCAACAGAUGAUGUAAAAUCUAAGUCUGUUCAGUCGACGGGGAAAGACAAGAUGUUAUUGGGGAAAGGUUUUCGAUCAGUUGAUACUUCUCGGGUUUUAUUUGAAGUAUCUCUCACUGAAGCUAUUCGUUAUGCUAGUGGCGAUCCAAUCGAAGCUUGGUUAUUCGACUUAUUGUGUUUGGAUUGUGGAGAGUCUCUGUCUCGUGAACAACAAGCUAAUGAAGUCAAUAUUUAUCUUCCUCCUGUUGAUCAAUGCCAGUUGUAUUAUGUUAAUAGGGAUACUUUGUUUUCAUAUCACAAGUCAACGGAAAUAUUUUUACAUAGACUGAUGGCUCUUUAUGUUUCGUCACAUUAUAAAAAUUCUCCAAAUGAUUUACAACUACUUUCAGAUGCACCUGCUCAUCAUAUAUUUUGUCUUCUUGCUCCAUAUGAUCAUAAAUCUGGCUGUGUACCAGAGGUUCUUUGUGUGCUGCAAGUUUCUUUAGAGGGGAAAAUAAACAAGGAUCGAGUGAUGCAUAACCUUUCUCGUGGUUUACGUCCUUCUGGUGAUUUGAUCCCUUGGACAUUAUCUCAACAGUUCUGUGAUGCCAACUUUGGUGAAUUAUCUGGUGUUCGUGUAGUACGAAUAGCUACUCAUCCUGAUUAUCAAGGUCUUGGUUAUGGGACAAGAGCGUUGAAACUCUUAUAUGACUAUUACAACGAGCAAACGGAUAUUAAAGUUCUUCCAGAAAAUCAGCAUACUGACAUCCAAACUGGAAAUGUUGGCUGCAAUCGUUCUACCGAAGAGACUAAAAGCUUGAACCAAACAUCCAAUAAAUCUUUAAAAUUCAAACCUUCAACCUUAAGUUUUAACUGUGAUUUAGAUGAAGAGAACUAUGACAAUCAGGAUGACUCAGAUGCUAGUUUGGAAUCUAAUAAUACAAGAUUAUCUGAAAAUAAUUCAAAUCUUCUCACAGAAAUAAUCAAACGGCGUGAACCUACGAGUCUGCCUCCUUUACUUAGUCGUCUUAUUGAACGUCCUUCUGAGAAACUUGAUUACAUUGGUGUUUCUUUCGGUGCUACUCCCAGCUUGUUAAGAUUUUGGAAACGAUCAGGUUACAUCCCAGUUUAUCUUCGUCAAAAUAUGAAUGAGCUGACAGGGGAAUUUACAUGCAUAAUGGUGAAACCAUUUAAGCAUCAAAGUGUCUCGUCGCAAUCGGCAGAAUGGCUUCAGAAUUACUUUUAUGAUUUUACCAAACGUUUAAUACAUCUUUUCCCUGGACCAUUUAGACAUAUGGAUGGAACUUACGGUCUUGAACUCCUUAGUCAUAAAUCAAUGGAUACUGCAAUAUCUAAUGAGCUUACCCAAUCAGAAAUUAGCAGCUUAUUUAAUGCAAUGGAUUUAGAAAGAUUAAGGCGUUAUAGCAGGUCACUUGUUGAUUUCCAUCUUGUCAACGAUCUGUUACCUCGUUUAGCUCAGAUUUAUUUCCAAAGGCGUCUGCCAAAUGUGCGCUUAAAUAAAACUCAACAGGUUAUCCUAUUAUGUAUGGGUUUACAACAUAAAACAGUGGAACAAAUAUCCAGUGAAUUUAGUCGUCUACUUGGUGAUUCUACUCGUCCUCAAAUUCGAGUUUCUGGACUUGCACGGCCUGAUGAUGCUGUAUAUUCAAUACUAAAUUCUCUCAAAGAAAAGUGCGACCCAUCUGGAUCUACUUCUAGCAUCGAUUCUUUUGGUCAGAAAAAGAAGGGACCAGAUACUGGUGUUACUUCAGGUUGGACUAAGUGUAUUCUUGGUCUUCUGUAUGUUAUUGUUCGUGAGCAUAUCAAGUCGUUAGACUCAAUACUUGCAUCUGAGAGGAAAUGUGGGAUAGAAUCAAAGAAAAAUACUAUCGAUGGACAAUUGCAGCCAGUCAUCGAUGUGGAUCUGAAAGACGGAAAUUAUGCCGCGCUUAGAGUAGAUGAAAAUACUUUAUCAGAGUCUGACGAAGACAAGUCUGAAGAGUAUGAAAAUUCACUUUCAGAUGAUGAUAGCGAUAGUAAUUCAAAAAAUGCAGAACACACAAAUAAUCAUUUGGAAUGUAAAUCAGAAAUCAGUGACUCUGAACGUGAACGUAGAUCUACUUUAGUACAUCAACUAAUAUCUGAAGAAAUUACCGGCCAAAGUAAUUUAUUCUCUGCUUACAAAAUUCAAGGUUCUGAAACUGAUUGGGCUGAAGCUGUAGUAGGACAUGGAGCUGAUCUUUCUUCACUUACUGUUAAAUUACCAUCUAAUCAAAAAAUUAACAAUAAACGAAAAAAUAAAGAUCAACAAUCUUGUCACUUCGAGAAGAAAAAACAUAAAAGAAAACUUAAAUUGACUAAAUCGAAGCGUCAAAAGCUGACUUGAUUUCGGAAUUAUUAUUUUCUUGUAUACAAUGAUGUAAAGAUUUAAAUAUAUAGUCAACUAUGUAUCCCCGACUUUUUAUUUUUCAUGUCACAUUUUGAUGGGCUGAUUUAAUCGGACUUAUCCAACACAUUACUGAUUAUCUUAUCAUUUUUCGUUAUCACUUCCUUAGAACUGAUGAAUGUGAAUGUUAAAUGGGUUUCGAAAUCUUAUCUUAUGUUGUUCAUUCAGUAUUUUUGAAAAUCAACCUAUGUAAUCGAAAAUUUCAAUUUAUUAUCAGAUAUAACCAUCUCCAUGCUAUUUUAGCCUUCUUUUUUUAAAAGAUACACUUAUCUGUCAUAUAACUCGACAAUUUCAUUAAAUUGAAAAUUUGUACUAGGGUUAAGAUAUCAGUAGAUACUGAAGUUAAUCAUUGUUUUUCUUUAUUGGUUAUUAAAGUUCAGUUAUUUCCGCUCCAUCUUAUCCAAUCACGUCAUUUUAUUUCGCUUGUAC